ACGGGUCAAAGUGAAAACAAGCGAAAACCGACGCGUCGCGAUCUCGAAGCGUUGCUCGCAUCUCCCCUUCCCUCCUCGUCUCCUGUGGGUUUCAGGCCCACAAAAGAGGCGCGCCACCAUAAAUCCUACCAUAUCGAUCGCCUCCCCCGACGCCGAUCCUUUCGACUCGAUCGGUUUCCCGAGAUCCAUGUCACGUCUUAAUCUUUACGGCAUAGCACGAUGCCAAUGUUCGUUCCAGUUCAAGGUCAGCCGAUUCUUGCCUCCUGUUCUUUCGUGUGUGAAUCAAUUGGUAAUGGCCUUUGUAAUAGUCCAUCAUGCGCUUCGAGAUUUCUCUUUCCAGCUUAAUCUUUUAUGCGGGGAUUGGUGGGAAUUCUUGUUAUGACAUGUUCUGCUGCUUCCACCUACGGUCGCGAUUGAUAUUUUAUGCGCAAUAAGUUGUAAUUCAUCUUUACCUGGUGGUCAAUUCUCUUUUGCGGUAGGCUCGACGGGAACGGAAUUCUUGCCCUUCACUUGUUCGAUGAAAUGACAGCAAAGUCUCCAAUCUUCGUUAUUCGGAGGCAUCUUCCCAUCUGGGUCUCCCUAAAUUAUCGUUCUUACACAAUUGCAAGUGCUGCACUUGUUCAGGGUCCUCCCAAAGAUGACAAAGACGCUCCAGAUUCUGCUGAGUUUGUAUCUGCGGUACAUGUGCUUAAGAAUCGGCUUCAUCCCGACAGACUUGUUCAUGUCUUGGAUUCUACAUCUGAUGUGACCUUGGCUCUUAAGGUGUUUAAGUGGGCUUCAAGGCAGAAAAGGUUCCAGCAGACAGCUGAGACUUAUGCCCAUAUGAUUUUUAAGUUGGGAAUGGUGGGAGAUCACGAAGAAAUGGAGGUUCUUUUGAACGAGAUGGUUAAUUUACAACUUCAAAAUAUAGAACAGACCUUUGAUUACUUGAUCCAUGCAUUUUGUAAAAAUUAUAGGCCUGUAGAAGCUUUACAGGUUUUCAAAAUUUCAAAUUUGGCAAAACACAGGGUAUCAGUCUCAACAUGCAACGCAUUAUUAGAUGCUUUUGCUUCACAGGGUGGAAAUUUUUGCUCGUUGAUGUUUGUCUAUAAGGAAAUGGUCAAAGCAGGGAUUCUUCCAGAUGUUGAAACAUUGAAUCACUUAAUAAAGGGUUUAUGUGACAUUGGGUGCUUGGACUUAGCGCUAACCCAGUUUCAUAGGAUGGAUAAGAAGCAGUGCUUUCCAAACAGCCAGACAUUUGAGAUACUCAUUAAAGCUCUUUACACUAGUGAACGAGCAGACAAAGCAGUUGAGUUAUUGAAUCAGAUGCUGGAUCUACAAAUCUCUCCACAUUUUGAUUUCUAUAAUAGUAUUAUACCUCUUCUUUGCGGCAUCAACAGAUUCAAAGAAGUCAUUAAGUUGCUUAGAAUUAGGGAAGAUGCAGGUGGCAAUCUGGAUUUACAUUUGUAUAGCUAUCUGAUUAAUUGUUUGUCUGCCAAUCAACAAAUAGAGAGUGCUGUAGAACUUAUUCGUAAAAUCACAAACUCAGGCCUUGCUCCUUUAACUAAUAUGUACAUGGAUAUUGUGGAUGGUUUCUGCAACAUUGGGAAGUUCACUGAAGCCAUGAGCUUCCUGGAUGAAGGACGAGUUUUGGAAAUCGAGCCUUACAACACCUUGCUCAAAGGUUUCUGCGAUGUCAGCAGAUAUCAGGAGGCAACUGUUUACUUGAAGAAAAUGGCUGAAGGGGGUUUGACUAAUGUUUUAUCGUGGUAUAUUCUUAUAAAAGGACUUUGUGAGGAAGGGCUUGUCAGAAAAGCAUUUCAAGUUAUGGGAAGAAUGAUUAUUUCUUCUUCUUCUUCUUUUGUGGUUGAUGGAACUAUUUAUUCUGCUAUUAUAACUGGGUACUGUAAGAUCGGUGCAUAUGAGAAUGCUUUAAGUAUCUUUAGACUGUCCUGUUUGUAUGACCUCUCUUUAGAUUCAGAGUCAUGCUCGCAGUUGAUUGAGGGUUUGUGUGUUGUGAAGAAGAUCCAAGAAUCUGCUGAGGUAUUUUACCACAUUAUUGGUAAAGGUGAUUUGCUUACUAGUAAUGCACUAAGUGAAUUAAUUCAAGGCAUCUGUCACAAUGGAAAGGUGCAGGAAGCCAUCAAAAUGCGUUCUCUCGCUGUUUUUAAUGGCUCAUCUUCUAAUUCAGUCACAAUUUCCACAAUAUUGCUUGGUCUCUUAGAUUUGAACAAGGAAAAAGAUAUCUUAACAUUCCUUUCCCAGAUUUUGGUUGAAGGAUGUGCAUUGGAUGUGAAGACAUACUGCAUUCUCAUUCAUGGCUUGUGUUCCAAGUUUAUGAUGAGAGAGGCUGCAAUUUUGUUCAACCAAAUGGUUCAUGACAGCUUUAUUCCUAACUCUGAAACACUUGAGCUACUCGUGGUUAGACUGGCAAGUUGUUCGCAAUUGCAUUUGGUCAUGCAUAGUUUAGAUAGCCUGAUCAAGAAAUGUGGACUACUAAGUCCCACAAUGUGUAACGCAGUAAUAUAUAGUCUCAUGAAAGAGGGACACAAGCAUGAGGCCCGUAACUUUUUGGACACAAUGCUUGAUAAAGGGUGGGUCCCAGAUGCUGAGACCCAUGUUUUGCUUGUUGGAAAUAAUAAUAAAAAUGGAAGGAAUGAAAAUGAUGAUGUAUUUAAAGCUCUUGGUGAUGACAAAGUGAGCAAAAUAUUAGCUGAGGGGCUGGAAGAUUUUGACAAUCACAUGGCUUUGAGAUGAAUAGUGCCCUAUAGCAUAUACUUUCCUCUUCUGAAUUCUUUUCAAGUCUAGGCAGUUUUGAAAGAUUGCUCUUUGCUUUCCAUGAGCCGAACUGCAACUUCAAAUUGGAAUUUUACUUGACCACGAGGAACUCUUUGAUAUUGGAUGGCAAAUAUGUCUCUCAAACUUCUAUUUGAAGAUUGGGGUUACUCUGGCUGGGAACUUGUCAUCAAUUUUGGGGGGCUGGUGAUAAACCCAUAGUUGAUCACUAGAUGUCAAAUUCUCAUUGUGCCGUAUUGAUUUUAAUUGGUGCUCUGUAGCUCAAACCUAUAUGGGAAACGUUCUUAAGAGAGAAUUAUGACUACCAUGACAAAAUAUGUCAUUCUUGAGUGAUAUAUAAUCUGCAAUUCUGCAUGCGACCUUAUUCGAGUUUGAAAUCAGAUUUUCAUUUGUGAUGGCCUCAUAAUUCAUUAGGUACUAGAACAAGCUAUGUUGCGGUGUGUUGGAAUAGGCUUCCAACUUUUGGUCGGUUGCAUCAUAAUCAUCACUCAGACUGAUGGAUGUCCUAUUUGUAAGCUCUAGAUUGGCUCACCUAAUCAUAUCUUCUUUAAAUGCUUCUUUCCUCAAACCUUUUGGGAUGAUCUCCAGUUGAAGUUUGGCCUCCACCAUCAAUUUUUUGACUUUUUGAAUCAAGGACCUGGUUGGAAGAAAGCAGAGGUUUUGACAAACCUAAUUCCAAAUGGAUUCUCAGCCUCAUCUCUAUUGGAUUGUGAACUCUUUGGUUGAACAAGAAUGAAGCCAAACAUUGUCACCACAAGGCCAGGCCUUCCAACCUUAGUUCUGAGCAGAUCAAUAGGCAGAAUGACAGUAUCAGUCUCUGCACCUGUAGGGAACAUGACCUCACCCUGGAAUGUGAUGGAUCUCUCACUCUGUCCUGAUGCAGGUAUUUAAUUUAUAGUCGAAGACUCUACCAACUCAGUAAAGGUGGCUGUUUACGCUCACGGUAAAUCUCAUACUGCCUUGGAGGCUGAAGGUCUAGCAAUAUCUGAAGGGCUGAAGUAUGCAGAGUAGGUGAACAUGUCUAAAAUUUUGGGCUGCACAGAUGCAACUGACAGUUAAUUUUGUUAAUGGGGUCAAGGGCACUCAUUGGCACCUGAAAGCUAUUGUCUCUAACAUAGCAGAGCAUUGCAAAAGGUUGCAGGGAGCAAAGUUAUGGUAAUUCCCAUGAUACCUUACUGAUUCAGGUUUUUGACUUCCUGACUGGAUGUGUAGAGCCCUAUCUAGACGAGAACUGGAGUCACACUGCCUCUUGAAUUUAACAAUCGUUGUUGUUCGACUUGUUUGUACAAUAAAUAGCACUCAUAUGGCUGGUUUAGUUCAGCAUUUGACGAAAAAGAAGCUUGGAGAUGUGGCAAUGGCAGCUUUGAUUGUUCAUGGGAAGCUAUUUAGACACUUCCACAUACGGUUAUGUGCAGCAUAACGAUUCAUUCUUUAAUAGAUACGUGAAAGAUUUGGUUGAUUCAUUUUCUAUUUCAUAAUCUCCAGAAGCGAAUGUGACAGGUUUAAUCGUAUGUAACUCAGUUGCAACUCUACUAGAAGGUGAUGACGUCUCAAUUAUUGAUGAUCAAAAUGAGCUAUUCAAUUGCCUGUAACAAUUGCAGAAAAUUGGUCUUCUGGAUGAGGUGAAAGAAAAUGAAAGCUCUCCUAAAUCUUCAUGUUCUUCCAAGAAAAAAGAGAGUAAAUUUGCUGGCUUUCAGGUGCUGUCAGCUCAUCUAUCAGUAUGUCCCCCAGGUAAAGCAGAUUCCAAACAGAAGAUUGCAUUUUGCUUUCUAGGACCUCUAAGCCUUUAGGUAGAUGCAAACUUAUGGAUUGUAUAAUGAGAUUGUUUUAUUUCCUUUUCUGGUACCAUAUGAUGGAUGAGGUUCUUUGAGUUAAACAUCACAAAUUCUACUGAAAGAUACUUGUAACCAGUGAAAGUAGAGAAAGAAGUCCUUGUACUAUGAUUUUGCCAUAAAUUGUUCCAGUAAUUAUGCGAAUAUGACUGACAAUGUCCGCUUUGGACAAUCCCAUCUCUGUAGUGGCUGGGUUGACUAUCUCCUUUGCUCAUCCAAGCUGCAAUAUUUGUUUCACCAUUAGAAGGGAAUCAGAUUAGCAAUUUGAUGCAAGCUGCUCCUUCUUCAAUGGACUGUGUACACAAGUUGGAGAUAAUUUUCUCCUAUUAGAUUGCCGUCUCUCCCUCACUUGAGGUUUGAGUUGUCUAUGACUGAAGAUGAAAGUUACUGAUCAUGAACAGGUUCUGUGACAGCUACGCUUCCUGACUGAUUCAGGUCCUCCAGGAUAUGAAAUCAUGCCUCUGAUGAAGAAGCAUAAAACAUAUGAAGGGUGGAAGUCAACAUCACCCAAGGUACGAAUGGACAACAAACACAUUUUUCAAUAUGCAUACUAUGCUACUAAUUUGGGAUGACUUGACUAUGGCAUAUCUUCUACACAUGAAUUAAUUGAAAUUGAAUUGAAGUCAACCUUUCUCAAAGGAUGAGAAAAGGUAAAAUAAGAGGUGGCGGGAAGCCAGUGGAAGCAAGGUGAACAUUGAGUAGCUUCAAGCUAUCUCGGAGAAGACUCAUCAUCCUCACCCUGUUUAAGAACAGAGCACAGCACCUGCUUGGAAAUGUAUGUCUCAAGUUCCCUUGAAACCUCUGUCAGUUUUGGGUCGAAGCUGCUCCUGUACUUUUGAGGCCUUGGAGAAGGAGACCCUGAGAAUCUCCGCCUGGGGCUGGAGAGACGUCUGCUUGGUGAACUUGGAAACCACCCCCUCGGGACAACAGGUGUCGUGUCUCUAAGGAUCACCUUCUUCGCUUCUGGGUUCAUCAAUGGUCCCUGUUUCAUCUCCAGCGGCAGUGGUUUCAGUGGUGAUAUGGACAGUCCAGUCGCUACAAUGGGUGUCAAUUUCUGUCUCAUUCUCUCCCUUGCUCUCUCAGCUGCCAUCAGUGUCUUCUCCUUGCUCAUUUUGAUCAGUUUCCAUGGGUCGAUGUGGAAUUCUGUCUUCUUGUUUGGAGUUGAGGAGUCUGAAUCUUUUUCGAUUCUUAUCGAUAAUCUUUGGGUGCUCUGCGAGUAGAUGGAAAUUUCUCCUUUCAAGUCACAUGAAGAUAGUCUCCUAGCUACAGCAAAAUCAGGCAUGUGGUGAUCUUACUUGGCUUUUUUCAGAUUUGUGACAUCGGAACCGAGACAGCAGAGUGGGUCUUUCUGGUGAGUCUAAGUCAUCGCUUUCAUCCGAAGAUGAAUACAACUCAUCAAAUGGAUCAACUGACUGGCUUUGUUCUCUCAUUGCCAGGAUGUAAUCGUAUGUUCUCAUUCCCUGCAGUCAUAGUUAAAACAGAUAUUACACAAAUUAGCAAAAUCCAGAAGCAAGUCUAGCGGAUUUCAUCUUCUUUAUCACUUGUGGUUCGACUUACUUUUAAGGUUUGAAAUUAUCUUCAUGCUUGCUUUAUAUUC